CCUCCUUCUCCUUCCCCCGGUCCAAAAUGCCAGACCCAACAACAAAAGCAACCCCCAAAUCCAAACCCCAAUCCAAAACAACCAUAAUCGGCAUCUCCGGCCCCUCCUCCAGCGGCAAAACCACCCUCGCGCGUCUCCUCCAAACCAUCUUUUCGCAUCUCAACCCCUCCUUACUGAGGACAUUCAUCGUCCACGAAGAUGACUUUUAUCACUCGGAUGAUAAAAUCCCCCUCACAACCCUCCCCACCGACCCCCCCACCACAAUCCAAAACUGGGAUACGUUGCUGGCGCUGGAUAUCCCGUUCCUCUCCGCCUCGCUGUCGUAUAUUCGCGCGCACGGACAUCUUCCGCCACGGCUGCGGAGUAAAGAGGAUUUGAACGAGGUGGGGGAUUCGGGCGUGUCGGAUGAGAUAAUUGGUCAGGAAGAACAAGAACAAGAACAAGAACAAGGACAAGGAGACGAGGAAGAAGAAAAAGAAAAACCCCAACACACAAUCGUCUUCCUCGAAGGCUUCCUCCUAUUCGCACCCCCCCGCGAAGAAGACCAGAACCACACCCACGGCCUACGCACCGUGCACGACCAAAUGGACGCCCGACUAUUCCUCCCCGCGCGGUACGAGAACGUCAAGGCCCGGAGGGAGAGUCGCAGUGGGUAUGUGACGAUUGGGGCGGCGCCGUCGGUGGAUUCAGGAGACAAAGACAAACAACAGGAACAGGAACAGGAGAAAGAAGAGCGGAAGGGAACGGAGGAGGUGGAUCUGGAUCUGGAUCUGGAAGCGGAGGAUGAUCGGCCACCGCAGAAUUUCUGGACGGACCCCCCGGGCUACGUGGAUGAUAUUGUGUGGCCGAAUUAUGUGCAGGAUCAUGCGUGGCUGUUGUUGCCGGAGGAGGAGGGUGUCUCGCAGACGGUCUUUGGCAGUGCGGAUACGCAGGAGUUGGUGAGACUCGUGGGUCAGGGCGUUAAGCUGAGGACAGAUGCCGGUGUUACUGUUGCUCCUGGGCAGGGAGGCACGCCGAUGGCGGAUAUUUUGAAGUGGGCGGUCGAGGAGGUCUUGAAGCAUAUAGAAGGGAUAGAGUGGCAACGAGGGUAUAGAAACUAGAGUCUCAUGAUUCGUUUUCUACUCCAUUAUCUGUGCUCUACCUGGAUGCAGUGUUCUUAUUCCUACCCGUCUGUUUCCCAGAAUUGCUGUCUUACUAGCUGACCGGCAUUCUUACGCCGCUUAGCGAUACACCCCGUCGUGGUCGUUACCAACAGGCCCUCGCCAUCCAAGCCAGUAAUCGACCCUGUCUCGGAAGCCCAGGGGUUGCUUCGCACGCGGUGCAUCGACGUUAGGUACUUCCUCUGCCACUGGCCACUCAGGUCCAAAGUCUGCUGUAGUGGAUGUGGGCUCAACACCAAU